AUCACUUGUUUACCUUUCACCUUCAGAUUUAGUAGUCUGUGCAGUACCGGGCGCAAAUAAGAGUAUAUUUUACUCAUGCAAGUUUCUUACGCAGUGUUUGAUGUUAUUUUGAAAAAAUGCGUUUCCGUUUAUAUAUACAGUGGCUUUUGUUGACAGUUUUAUUCACAGUUUUCUUUAGUUUUCUGUUACUGAAAAAACCAAAGAUAGAAUCAAAAACAACAACACCAACUAUUGAACAAAGAGUUUCAUCGCCAUCACCAUGGAAAAAAGUAACCAAAUCGUUGGCAGAAUUGGGCAAAAUGGAUGAAGUUAAUAAAUAUGUUUUAUUUUUAAAUCAUGUACCAAAGUGUGGAUCCGAAAUUUUGAUUUUAUUGUUACAAAAAUUGCAAGGUUUCAAUAAUUUUAGACACAUUAGGUUAAAAGGAGGAAACGGGAAAUACAUGACAAAUUUGGAACAGGAGUAUCUCGUUUAUGAUAUAUAUGAUACAAUUAAAUCAGAGGCAGUUCCACUGAGUUUUGAUCGACAUGUGUACUUCAUCAACUUCACACAAUUUGACAAGCAAUUCCCCACUUACAUAAACUUCAUAAGAAAUCCAGUGGAAAAAGUCAUAUCCAGAAUGUUAUACAAAAACAAAGAAUUCAAGUACGAUUAUUACUACAAAUGUUUGAUGAGUAAACAAAAUAAUUGCAACUUCAGAAAUGGACAAACUUAUGACCUAUCAAUUCCUUAUUUCUGUGGGCACAACCCUCGAUGCAUGUAA